AUGGGCGUCCCGGCAGAGGCGAUUGCCCCGUCGGAGGGGCAUUUCCGGCAGCACUACGUGCUGGGCGAUGAGAUCGGCAAGGGCGGGUACGCCGUCGUAUUCCGCUGCACCCACCUCGUGACGAAGGUCGUGUACGCGGUGAAGGUCGUGGACAAGAAAAAGGCGGGUCCGAAGGACAUCGAUGACAUCACCCAUGAGAUUGAUGUUAUGGGGCGCAUCGGCUACCACCCAAACGUGGUGCAGAUGACUGAGUACUUCUCCACGCAGCGGCACUUUUACAUCAUCCUCGAUCUCUUGUCGGGUGGCAUGCUGUUUAACCGCAUCGUCGAGCUGCAACACUACAGUGAGUCCGACGCCUCGGUGCUGGUGCGCAACGUACUCUCCGGACUGGCGCACAUUCACUCAAAGGGCGUCAUUCACCGCGAUUUGAAGCCAGAGAACCUGCUUCUGCGUCACGCGGCCUCGCCGUCGGCGCCGCCAAACUCGCACUUGACGGACGUGUGCCUUGCGGACUUUGGACUGGCGGGGUAUGUGCCGAGCACCACCUGCUGCGGGUCCCCUUCGUAUAUCGCACCAGAGGUGAUCAACGUGGGCUUCUACCGCACUCGCAAAGAGCCAUACGACGCGAAGUGCGACAUCUGGUCUAUGGGUGUCAUUACGUACAUCUUGCUCAGCGGCAAGAUGCCGUUCCAUGGCGAAAGCUUCAAGGACACGUUUGAGUGCGUCGUCAGAAACCGUUGGUCCUUCAAGAGCGACAUCUGGGCGAGUGUCACCCCGGCGGCGAAGGAUUUCAUUCAGGCCUGCCUCACCCCCGACCCGGCGGCGCGUCCGACGGCGCUGGUGCUCCUGCAGCACGAGUGGUUGGCUCACGAACAGCCCAACGUGCACCUCGGGCAAAGCCUCGAGUCACUGCGCGAGCUCACAAAGAAGAAAGUGAAGGCGGCAGUGCGCGUGUUUUGCUGGACGCAGAGCCUCCUCGGCCCGCUGGACUGGACGCCACCGUUCAUGCGCUUCCUGCGGCACACCGACAGGUUCUCCAUGAUCCUUACUCACCAGUCGCAGACGGACCCGCAGCGGGUGCACACCAUUGACUUUGGCAAGGCGCUGGAUCACGAGAACCCUGGCUGGCGCAUUCAGGACUGCUGCACAUGCCCUUCGGAGAUGGUCUGCCGGCAUAUUCAGAACGUACACGAGUACCUCUUCGUUGGCAAGCGCUCCAUGGAGGUGUACCCGUUCAUUGACGAGCUGCGUAUGAUGCGCGAGGAGGCCGAGGACAGCCUCAGGGCGAACCCGCACGACGAUGCAGCGAGGAAGCAGCUCGACAGAGUCAACUUGCUCAUUGAAGCCGCGUGCGUCUUCUCAGACGAACUGGCGAAGGUACCGGAGGAUGAGCUUAAACCGAACCUGAUGCUGGACAGCUCGCGCAACACGCACUUCCGUGCCCUGGGCGGCUCUCGCAGUAUGACGAAGUCUUGGCAUGAGGCCGAACAGGAGGAGGUGGCGCACCGGAUGGUGAGGAAGAUGCGCGCCGCGAAGUCAAGGUCAGCGGGGACUCGUGCCGGGCCGGCGCCCUUGCAGGCGGCAGGGAAGACCGACAGGCCAGUGACCCCCGAGCCGUUGACAAAGCCCUCAUGA